CCGUCGAGUAAGUGACAGUGCUGGGCGGGUCGAGACACAGUGGACACAUAAAAACCAGCACACGCUUUUGUCUCUGUCUAUUGAUUCUGAGUGGCAUUACUAGAAAAAUGGCAGAGGCAGACCGACCUGGGAAGCUCUUCAUCGGUGGCCUGAACACUGAAACGAGUGAGAAAGUCCUUGAAGCGUAUUUCAGCAAAUUUGGCAGAAUAUCGGAAGUUCUGUUGAUGAAAGAUCGUGAGACGAACAAAUCUAGAGGUUUUGCGUUUGUAACUUUUGAAAAUCCUGGUGAUGCCAAGGAUGCUGCAAGGGAAAUGAAUGGAAAGCCUCUUGAUGGAAAGCCAAUUAAAGUGGAGCAAGCCACAAAACCUCAGUUUGAGUCUUCAGGACGCCGUGGGCCACCACCACCUCGCAGUCGUGGCCCUUCCAGAGGGCUGCGAGGGUCAAGAGGAGCCCCAAGUGGAAUGCGGGGCCCACCCAGCAGAGAACCCUUUUUUAAAGGCAUGUCGUCCAGAGGGCCACCACCAAUGAAGAGAGGCCCCCCAGUACGGAAUGGAGGACCCCCACCCAAGAGAUCUGCACCUUCUGGGCCAAUGGGCAGACCGCCAGUAUCCAGAGACCGGGAUCCAUAUGGCCCCCCUCCACGCAGAGAUUCUCUCAUGUCACGGCGGGAUGAUGGUCCUCCACAUCGAGAUGACCACUAUGGUAGUAAAGAUAGUUAUUCCAGCCGUGACUACAUGAGCUCACGGGACAGCAGAGACUAUGGCCCACCUCCACGAGAUUAUUCAUACCGGGAGUAUUCGGGUCACUCCAGCUCUAGAGAUGACUAUGGGUCAGGAUCAAGAGGCUAUAGUGAUCGUGAUGGCUAUGGUGGAGGACGAGAGCCCCGGGGUUACAUGGAUCGACCCAGUGCAGGCUCCUAUAGAGAUCCUUAUGAUGGUUACGGUAACUCACGCAGCGCCCCACCCUCAAGGGGUCCCCCUCCGUCCUACAGUGGGAGUGGCGGAAGCAGUCGUUAUGACGACUAUGGCAGCAGUUCCCGGGAUGGAUAUGGCAGUCGUGACAGUUAUCCCAGCAGUCGGAGUGACCCUUACUCUAACCGUGGUGAACGACCGGGUAGGCAAGAGCGAGGGCCUCCCCCUCUCGAAAGAGGCUAUCCUCGUGAAUACAGCAGCUCAAGCCGUGGGGCACCUCGUGGUGGUGGCCGUGGUGGCGGCCGAGCUGAUAGAGGAAUGGGCCGAAACCGAUACUGAAAUGGACUGUGGAGAUGAAAAAUGAGUCUGAGAAAUGAAAUGGUGGCUUCUCGUUCAAAAGACUCUGAGCUUCAAAAGCGUUCUUUUAAACUCUGAACUUCAAGCUUCCCUUUCAAGCUGUACCCAAACUUGUGAAAUUUUUUUUUAUUUUGUAAUUUUUAAAUGCAAAGUUCUUUUCUCUGCCCAGCUCACAUUUACUGGUACCGUUGCAAAUCUUAAAUGUGUUUGUUUUCUAGUGAUUUGUAAAACCUGCAAUGCCGCAACGUAUGGCUUUCAUUUACCAAUAAAGUGUUUUUAAUCAAAAGAUUUUAAUCCGCACUCUAUUCAAGAGAAUGAGAAACUAUGAAGCAUAAAUAUCCAUUCGCCUUUUCAUGGUGAGCACCCCCAAAUGCCACUUAAUAUAGAUUCAAUGCAGAAUAUUUAUGUAGGCAUGAUUGUUCACACAUUGUUGGGGACUGGACAAAUGUCAACUUUUUUUGCAAACUCUCUAUGGGUGUAGUUUUCCUCAGUGCAAAUGGAUCCUUCAUCACAAAGCCUAAACAUUGACGCCUUGCAUCGACCAAUCGAAAGACAACCAAAAUGCAGGAAACAAUUCAGCACCACAGAUAAAACCUGUCAACAGCUGGUAAGCAAAGCAAACCCUUUUGUUCUGGUAUAAGUCAAGUCUCUGUGGUGUUAUUUUGCAAGCUGAAAGUUAGUGUCAUUUAGUCAAACACCGUCUUGGUUGCCCUGGCUUAUUCAAAUGCAGUCUGAAACUCAAUGUUAUUUCCUACAUUUAUUAGCAAAAGCCCCUGCCGUCGAAGGAGUCUAAGAUCUCUUCCCCAACUUCUGGAUCACUGAGUUUAGGAGGCCUUUGUCUCACAAAAAUCAGCCGGUUCUACUGUUGCGCUAAAGGAGAAUGUCUGGAUUUUUUUUUUUUCCGCCCCCCCUUUCAAAUGAAAAAAUGUUUUUAAGUGAUAUUAAUUUGAAUCUCCUCAGUGGAUUUAUACCUACAGCCAAAUGUAAGCUGCAAAACCUCUUGAAACCUCCCAGUGGAAAUUUGUAGUAAAUUCACUUAGUGUUAACAAAUCCAGAACCACUCGCAAGCAUGCCGAAUCUAACAAAGGAAACCACCUGGAGAAAGACAAUCCCAUCAACAAACCUGGAAAAGACAUUCAGAUUGGGACAUUUAAGUUCUUUUGUAAAAUUUAAUUCUGAAUAAAAUGUCCCUUAUGAUGAGCUACAACAGCUUUCUGAUUUCAAGUGUCUCGUUGCAGGAUAAAUGGAGGAAAAGGUGGUUUGAUGGUAAUACUUCAUUGCUGAGCAGUACCUGCUGUCAAUUGUGGAUGAUGCAGGAUGGUCUAUGGUGUAAUGCAGACCAUUUUUCGGAGGCUGCUGUUCCUUGAGGCUGAAAGCAUUUGGGUGGAGUCAUGAGAUGCUGCAAUUUCUCUUUCCCAAUAAAAUCAUUUUAAGUAA